AAUUUGCUUAUUCGGUAUACUUCCGCUUUGAGAGGUAAACAUAUUACAUAGGCCAAAUGCACGUGUUGACGGGUUAUGUUUGAUAUAUAUUAAGCUGAGAGAGACAAAAUGCAGGUUUCAAACCCAAAUAAUGUGAAGAUAUACAAUCUAAGCGCUGGAAAGUCACUACCAGAAUGGCUGUCGGACAGACAGAGGCGCUCUCUACAGAAACAGGACAUAGAUGUAAGGAGAAGAAUCGAACUCCUCCAGGAUUUUGAAAUGCCCACCGCCAGUCAUUGUGUGGGCGUGUCACCAGAUGGACAAUAUAUCUGUGCCACAGGAACUUACAAACCAAGAAUCAAGUGCUUCGACACUGCACAAAUGUCACUCAAGUUUGAAAGAGGUCUUGAUUCUGAUGUUGUCAAGUUUCAAUUUCUUGGAGAGGAUUAUGGGAAACUCGUGUUUCUGCAGUGUGAUCGGUACAUUGAACUGCAUUCACAAUUUGGAAGAUAUUACAGACUUAGAAUACCAAAAUAUGGAAGAGAUAUGGCUUAUGAUUUCCCAAGUUCUGACUUGUACAUUGGUGGAAUUGGAUCAGAGGUCUACAGAAUCAAUUUAGAGCAAGGUCGAUUUUUGAGUCCCCUCACCACUAAGUCUCCAGACAUUAAUUGUUGUGAGAUAAACCCAGCACAUGGCCUGCUAGCAUGUGGAACAGCAUCAGGAACUGUGGAGUGCUUUGACCCUCGAGUACGCAAAGCUUCAGGAAUAUUAGACAUUACAUUUACUGGUCAUAUUGAAGAAAUUCACGAGCUACCAAAAGUUACUGCACUUAAGUUUCGCGAUGCGUUAAACAUGGCUGUAGGAACUAGUACUGGCCACAUCUUGCUGUAUGAUAUUCGUUCCAGUAAACCACUACUAGUGAAAGAUCAUCAGUAUGAACUGCCAAUCAAAUCAAUCCAGUUUCAAGACUCACUUAAUCUUGUCCUCUCUAUGGAUACAAAGAUCCUUAAGUUGUGGGAUUUUGAGACUGGAAAAGCUUUCACGUCAAUCGAGCCAGGCACAAAUCUCAAUGAUCUAAGUCUACUGCCCAAUUCAGGACUUUUGUUCAUGGCAAAUGAAGGCCAGAAAAUCUUGUCGUAUUACAUUCCAACACUAGGAACUGCUCCCAAGUGGUGCUCAUUUCUGGACAAUUUGACAGAGGAGUUGGAAGAAAGCACAGCUCAGAUUGUGUAUGAUGAUUACAAAUUUGUGACCAGGAAAGAAUUGGAGGAACUGGGUCUGACACACCUAAUUGGAUCAACAUUACUGAGAGCCUACAUGCAUGGCUUUUUCUUGGACAACAGGUUGUACAAUAAGGCUAAAACCAUUGCAGAACCAUUUGCCUAUGAAGAGUACAGGAAGAACAAGAUUCGGGAGAAGAUUGAACAGGAGAGAGCCAAUCGAGUUAGGUUAAAGAAACUUCCAAAAGUUAAUAGAGACUUGGCAGAGAAGCUUUUGGACGUGAAAGAAAUUGGAACCAACAAAAAAAAAGUCAAAGAAACGACGUCUUUAUUGGAGGAUAACAGAUUCUCUGCCAUGUUCUCCAAUCCCGAGUUCCAGAUCAAUGUGAAUAGUGACGAAUACAAGCUGGUCAACCCGGUGGUUUCAAAGCUGGACAAAGUGCGCAGAAAAAAGCAGGCCAAGAUGGAACAGUUUGCAGAAGUCAGUGAUGAAGAGGGCAAAAGUCCAAGUGACAGCGAUAGCUCAGAUGAUGAACACACAUGGACAAAAGAACUCAAAGAACAGCACAAGAAGUUACGCAAAGAAGCAGCUCAAGCCAGGCACGCAGAGUACUUGGAAAAGAAAAAUGCACCAAAAUUCUACGAAAUUAAGGAUGGAGAGGAACUUGAUAGUAAGAAUACAAGUCAGAAGAAGCUCGCCAAGAAGUCUCUGGCGGAAAGACUGCAAGAUACUCGGGAUGACAGUUUUAUCUCCAAAUCUGGUACCCUUGGUAACAGGGAGUUGACCUUCAGUUUUAAGAAAAGCGAGAGGGAGAUGAAAAAUCAGCAGAAAUCCAGGGAGCAUCACAAAGAACGUAAAAAUAUUCGACGGUCAGCAGGAGAUAUUACCAAGACUCUGAAACAGAAACCAAAGUUUUGGUUAGGUAAAAGAGUCAAAUGAAACUUGAAAUAAAUGAACCAUUUAUGUC